AUGGCUUCGCAAGACGUCCCCAAGACCUGCAAGGUCAUCACCGCAGACACCAUCGCCAAGGGUCUCCUGGCCGAGGUCAAGGAAACGCUGGCCAGGGUCCAGGUUCCAAACGGCGCCGAGCCGACGCUCGCCGCCUUCCUCGCCAACGGAGAUCCGGCCGCGGUCAAGUACGCCGAGUGGUCCAAGAAGACGUGCGAGGAGAACGGCUUCAAGUUUGACCUCCGCACCGUCGACAAGGAGUCCCUCGAGGAGGAGAUCAUGCGGGCCAACGAGGACGACGACAUCGACGGCACCAUCGUCUACUAUCCCGUCUUCCCCCAAAACCCCAUCCACGACAAGUACGUGCAGGAAACGGUGGACCUGUCCAAGGACGUCGAGGGCAUGCGCCACAUGCACCUCCACAACAUGUACCACAACGUCCGCUUCCUCGACGCGCCCGAGAACAAGAAGAAGUCGAUACUGCCCUGCACGCCGCUCGCCGUCGUCAAGAUUCUCGAGCACCUGCAGAUCUACAACCUCAUCCUCGCGCCCGGCAACCGGCUCUUCGGCAAGACCAUCACCGUCAUCAACCGGUCCGAGGUCAACGGCCGGCCGCUCGCCGCCCUGCUGGCCAACGACGGCGCCACCGUCUACUCGGUCGACGUCACCGGCGUCCAGCUCUUCACCCGCGGCCAGGGCAUCAAGCACCCGCGCCACCAGGUCGAGGACAAGGAGGGCUGGGGCCUCGAGGAAUGCCUGCCCCUGAGCGACGUCGUCAUCGGCGGCGUGCCGGCCGAGUCCUUCAAGGUGCCGACCGAGCUCAUCCGAGACGGCGCCGUCUGCAUCAACUUUUCGUCGCACAAGAACUUUGACGGCCCGGCCAUCAAGGAGAAGGCAUCCAUCUACGUGCCGUCGGUCGGCAAGGUCACCAUCGCCGUGCUUCUGCGGAACCUCGUGCGAUUGAUUGCCAACCGACCCUCCAAGGAUGGUACGGCCGAGGGCGUGAUUCAGGCGAAGAGCGAGGCGUUUGUCGAUGACUAUGCGUAG